UUGGUAGCUGAAAUUUCUAGCUACUUCUUUCGUUUAUUGUGACUCAUUUAAACAUUUCGAUGGCGACUUCAACUGUGCGGAGAGUGUUGAUGUUGCUCUUGCUUGUCAUACUGAUCCUCAUUGUUGUAUCAGAGGCACGAGUUCAACAUGGGCUUCUGAAUAUACAGAAGAAGGAUAUCAACAGCCACGUAAUUAGUUUACGUGGGUUAAGGGAGACUCGCCCAGGCAAGAUGAUGAUGGACAUUGGAUUGACGAGAGUGUCACCUGGAGGGCCGGAUCCUGAACAUCACAAAGGACUUCCAUCGUCGUCAGGUGGCUUAACGGAAACUCGCCCAAGCAAGAUGGUGAUACACAUAGGGUUGAUGAGAGAAUCACCAGGAGGACCCGAUCCUGAACAUCACAAAGGACUUCCAUCAUCGUCUUUGGGUGGGUUAAUGGAGACUCACCCAAGUAAGAUGGUGAUGGACGUAGGGUUGAUGAGAGAAUCACCUGGAGGACCGGAUCCUGAACAUCACAAAGGACUUCCAUCAUCGUCUUUAGGUGGGUUAAUGGAGACUCACCCAAACAAGAUGGUGGUGGACAUAGGGUUGAUGAGAGAAUCACCUGGAGGACCGGAUCCUGAACAUCACAAAGGACUUCCAUCGUCGUCUGAUGUUAGUGUAGGUGGGUUAAUGGAGACUAGCCCAAGCAAGAAUGUGGACAAACGGUUGAUGAGAGAAUCACCUGGAGGGCCAGAUCCUGAACAUCACAAAGGAACUCCAUCAUUGUCUGGCGUUAGUUUACAUGGGUUAGUGGAGACUCACUCAAGGAAGAUGGAGAUGGACAUAGGAUUGAUGAGAGAAUUAUCACCUGGAGGACCGGAUCCUGAACAUCAUAAAGGAUUUCCAUCAUUGUCCAGCGUUAGUUUAGGUGGGUUAACGGAUACUCGCCCAACCAAGAUGGUGAUGGACAUAGGGUUCAUGAGAGAAUCACCAGGAGGGCCAGAUCCUGAACAUCACAAAGGACCUCCAUCGUCGUUCUAGACAUGCAUCGUUGUUCUUAAAGGGAUAUAGAGUUGCAGGGGAGCAAGCUCUUUCUUGGAUGACUGGCUUAAUCCGGGAGAAGGUGCAAUUUUGUGUAUGUUUUCAUUCCCACCUUCCAGAGUGGAUAAGCCUUGCUUUUCUUUUCGAAUGUUGUUUUUAUCACUUUAUUCCUUCUUGACUAUUCUUAACCAACCAUAUAUAUGUAAGU